AUGGAUACAGGCGACAGCUCUGGAGGGAUGACUUGUUAUCCCAUAAAGAUGUUUGAUCUGAUGGGAGAGGUUCCUCUGGGGCAUGUGCACAAGGAGUUUAUGAAAGUCACUGAUUCGUCUCGAGAGGCGUUCAAGCUUCUCAAGGCGCUAUUUGCCUGCGAGCCGCAUGCUAGAGCGGUGGUUGCGGUAGGUUCGAGGCGCAAAGUAGAGGACCUGUCGGAGGAGUGGAAGGAACACUUUCGCAUUGCUUGGACGAACGGCCACAUAUCGUCGGGAGAAAGGAUUAGGUCAUUCCUUGCUGACAAGAAUAGCCAGGUGCUGCUGGGGACGAAGCUCGUGACGCAGGGAAUCGACGUGCGCAACCUGCAGAUGGUGAUCAUGAUGGACUACAGGCCCAGCAUCAUCGAGUUCAUUCAGGCCGCUGGUCGGCUGCGUUCUUCGGGGCUGUUCUAUUUGCUGUCCAGCGCCAGAGCGAGAGGCGAAGCGGGGGAGCGGGUUUCUGACCAUCCAGCAGUCCCGCUGCUUGAAGACGGAUGUGUGGACAAACAGAUGGCCGCAUUCUACGGUCUGGGUGCGCAGGGAGCACCCACUAGGAACGCAGAAUUGCUCCUGGCUGACUCCCAAGGACUUGUUGCAAGACACAGGAGAGCGAUGGAAAAGCUGGAAAGAGACCAAGAGCUCGCCAGGAAACGGGCGGUAAAAGUGUUCCCAUCUCUUGCUCUUGAAAAGAAAAGAAUCAAAAGAGAUUUCCAUGAGCCACAUGGAUACACCGACAUUUUGCUGUACAUAGGUCUGCCGACGGAUAUGGCGGCGGGCCUCUUUCUUCAAGGAGUCGACAUCCACUUUUGUCCACCGGAUACCUUUACCAGAAAGGACGGAUGCAAAGACUGUCUUAAGGAUUACAAUCUGUGCGUCUGUGCUGGUGGACAAUACAAGUCGUACCGGCGGAUAGCAUGCGAGGCGCUGGCGCUGCGGCGCAUGCUAUUGGAUGACGAAAGGUGUGGCAAGCAUCUAGAAGGAAUGGAGCCGUUUCGAAGGGACCCUGUUGGAUACUUGCACGCUUUUGUCAAGGAAAGGAAACAGCUUCAGGCCGCGGUGAUGCGGAAGUACCUGUGGUUCCACGAGCUGACGACGGGAGUCUCGCAGAUCGUUGCGUUGCAGUCAGUAAGAGGCGUCGGAAGCUGCAGGCUGUUCACGCGGCCAGCGGCGGAUAUCAGGCGCAUAUACUGCGAUGCAUGGCGUUCGCUGAAGAAGCAGCGCUUGAAUGUGCUCGAGUACUUCUGGAGCAGGGAAAGGAUGAGGUGCGAUGAGAUCUGGGACAAGGAAACAAGCAGGAGCAGCCGGAGCUUUGUGGAGAUAGUGGAUAAACAAGGGACGUUCGAGCGCAUGUGGCAGAGGAGUAGUGCGCGGUUCCACGGGCCAGAGUACGUUAAAGGGCAGUACGGAAAUGUCCAUCGAAGGAGCAUGAACACGUAUGAAAUGUCGCGAGCGCGCUUGUUUUACAAAUAUGACGGGUCGGUAGGUCUACCAUCAUGGGACAUGUACCUGUCGAUGGUGCUUGGGAUGUUUUACAAUGUAGAGCUAAGAUCGCGGAUUGCGGACCUUGUGGAGCAGAUAGGCGACGUGUGGUUGGUUCCGCACUGGCUAGAGCUGCAGAAUGUACUUGUGCAAAUGGGGGACGGGAAGAAGGUGCCGUUCUUUGUUCUGUGCGGAGCGAUCUACCAGGAGAUGCAAGCGACUCCAGGGUAA